CAGUUCACACCAAUCCACUACGCUCCACCCGGCUGCUGCCCCUCCGACAUGGCGCUCCACGCCGUCUCCCCCGCGACGGCGGCCUCCCCGCCCUGCGCCCUCUCCUCUGCCCGCAUUCCUCAGCGCCCAGGUUGUGGUUGUCUCUCCAAUCGCUCAUCCCUAUUGAGUUUCUCUACAAACUUCAUGAACCUUCAUUCUGGAGCAGUGGGCUUCUUCAGUGUGCCGCUGGUUCUCCAACACUCUGACAAGAGAGCAGUUUUGAGGCAUGCCACUAUUGAAGAAAUCGAGGCAGAAAAAUCAAUCAUUGAAGACCAAGCUAAAGAAAAGAUGGAGAAGGCACUUGAAACAAUGCAAACUAACUUCAAUACCGUGAGGACUGGGCGGGCAAACCCAUCUAUGCUUGACAGGAUUGAGGUUGAGUACUAUGGUACUCCUGUGAACUUGAAGAGCAUUGCACAGAUAAAUACUCCAGAUGCGUCUUCUCUUCUUAUCCAGCCAUUUGACAAAUCUUGCCUCAAGCUCAUUGAGAAAGCUAUAGUUGCUGCAAAUAUUGGGGUAACACCAAGCAAUGAUGGAGAAGUGAUACGAGUCACUGUCCCACCAUUGACAUCUGACCGCAGAAAGGAAAUGGCAAAAACCGUAGCUAAACUAUCUGAAGAAGGCAAGGUUGCAAUAAGAAACAUAAGAAGAGAUGCGAUCAAAGCUUACGAUAAACUAGAGAAGGAAAAGAAACUUUCUGAAGAUAACAAGAAGGAUUUAUCAGCUGAUCUACAAAAAAUUACUGACGAGUACAUGAAAAAGGUUGAAUCCCUCCAAAAGGCGAAGGAACAGGAACUGAGCAAAGUUUAGGCCCCGACGUAACUGUCAAACUGUUUUGUGAAGCCUUCUCGUGUUUUGAUGGAUGCCACUGCACCGGGAUGCCACUCCCUGCCUUCUAGCUAAACCGAAGGAUGCAAGUUCAGACAAUGUCGCUGUGUCCCUCAUUCCCUUCUUGUAAUUACGCCUUGAGCACAUCUUUCUUCCUGUCUGACUGUCAUUGUCGAUAUGUUUCGUUGCUACAUGAAUCAAAAUGCUAUGUGAUCCAGCGAAACGGUCUCGGUUAAUGGUUC